AUGAAGAUGUUCCACCGUGGCAACAACGGGCUCAUCAUAUGUAAUUUUAUGAUUUUUGCCCUCUCCUUAUUUCCCAAUUUAUCAUACCUGCAUUACUGCAUCUGUUACAAGUAG